AUGGCAACCACCUUCUCCAACCGUAGGAUGUCUUCUGGAGGUUCCAUGAUUGGUGGAACUCUCGGUGGGGGCAGACGCAUCAGCUCCAUGCAUGCUGGCAGUGUGUAUGGAGGUGCAGGAGGCUCUGGAGUGAGGAUCUCCACUGCCAGUUCCCUAGGCAGCUCUGCUGGUGGCUUCAACCUGAGCGAUGCUCUGGAUGUCACUACAAACGAGAAGUCUACCAUGCAGAACCUCAAUGAUCGUCUUGCCAGCUACCUGGAGAAGGUCCGUUCCUUGGAGAAUGCCAACGCUGAUCUGGAGCUGAAAAUCCGGCAGUUCCUGGAUAAGCAGAUCCAGCCUGCUGCUCGUGACUACUCUGCCUUCCAGGCUAUCAUCAGUGACCUUGAGGGACAGAUCCAGACUGCCACUGCUGUGAACGGUGGAAUCUACCUUAGCAUCGACAACGCUAAACUGACUGCCGAUGACUUCCGACUCAAGUAUGAGAAUGAGCUGGCCAUCAGGAAGUCUGUGGAAGCAGAUAUUGCUGGGCUGAAAAGAGUACUGGAGGAGCUGAAUAUUUCAAGGUCUGAUUUGGAAAUGCAGAUUGAGGGACUGAGAGAGGAGCUGAUCCACCUUAAGAGGAACCAUGAUGAGGAGCUCUUGGCUGUACGAGCUCAAAUGAGUGGCCAGGUAAACGUGGAAGUGGAUGCUGCACCACAGGAAGACCUCACCAAAGUCAUGGCUGAUAUCCGCCAGCACUACGAGACAGUUGCCGACAAGAACCGCAGAGAUCUUGAAUCCUGGUUCCAAGCUAAGACAGAAGCACUGAAUAAAGAAGUUGCUGUCAGCACAGAAACCCUGCAGUCAUCCAGGUCGGAGAUCAGCGAAGUAAAACGCACACUCCAAAGUCUUCAGAUAGAGCUGCAAUCUCUGCUAAGUUUGAAAGCAUCUCUGGAGGAUACCUUGGGAGACACUCAGAGCCGCUAUUCUAGCAUGUUGUCUGGCUACCAGAUGCAGGUGACCAGCCUGGAGGAUCAGUUAAUGCAGCUUCGUGCUGAUCUGGAGCGCCAGGGUCAAGACUUCAAGACGCUAUUGGACAUCAAGACCAGACUUGAGCUGGAAAUUGCUGAGUACAGGAGGCUUUUGGAAGGGGAACUUGCCAGCAGCACCACAACCACCACCACACGCAAGGUAGUGAUUGUCACACAGGAAGUUGUGGAUGGAGAAAUGGUCUCAACAUCCUCAACUUCAGCCUAA